GUGGCUUCCGCGCUCCGUGUGGAGCGCACUCAGUGUACGACAGUAUAUUAUCCACAGAUCAUAUCCAGAGGACAAGUUAGAGAUGAUAUAAAACUGUAUUCUGUUGAGAGGGGAAUGAGCUGUUCGAAGUAAACUGAUCUCGAUUAGGAAUAGUUUAGUCUACCCCAUACAGUGCAGUGCCUACUCUCCGCGCGAAGACAGGGGCGACAUCAGACAUCGCACUCCGAGUGGACCUAUAUUCAAACUGAUUUCAAAUGGACUACACAAAAGGACUGGACAAUAUCUAGUCACAGUACACAGAAACUCCAGAGGACUUUACUGUGUUGGGGAUCGUAAGACAGCAGCUGCAUACCUCAUAGGAUAUCCCAAGUUGUAAAGGAGGAUGGGGUGUGUGUGGCUGGUGAUGGGGUAUGUGGUGUGUGUGUGCCUUUGGGGUCAGAGCGAGUCGGACAGGACCAACCAGGCCUCUCCCAUCCAUCUGCAGGUUGGCAAUGGAGCCUCAGAACUGUGUAUGAUAGAUGUGAUUCUGUGCCAGGAUGAGAAUGCGCUGCUGAGUUUCGAGGCGAUCCGUAGCAUCCACAAACUGAUGGAUGAUGAUGCGGAUGGAACCGUGGACAUGAGCGAGACAGACGGGUUCCUGAGGGAGGAUCUGAAGUACCAUGACCCCAAAGGGAAACACAACAGUUUCCAUGGAGCAGACCUUCUCAUCAGUGUAGAGGACAUGUGGAACGUAUGGAGGGCCUCGGACGUGUACAACUGGACAGUGGAGGAGGUGGAGGACUGGCUCAUACACUAUGUGGAGCUCCCUCCGUAUGUGGACAUCUUCAAGAAGCACAAUCUGGACGGAAGGGCCUUACCCAGGUUGGCAGUAAAGAACAUCACUCUCACUCUGUCCAUUCUGAAGAUUAUUGACCGGAGUCACGCCCAGAAACUACAGCUGAAAGCAAUGGACACCGUGCUGUUCGGACCACCACUCAUGAGCAGACACAGCUACCUGAAGGACCUGAUGUUGGUGGUCUCUAUAGUGAUGGCACUGGGUGGCUGCUGGUUUGCUUACAUCCAGAACCGUAGCUCCAAAGACCACCUGGGCAAGAUGAUGAGGGACCUGGAGGGCCUACAGAGAGCAGAGCAGAGCCUGCACGACCUGCAAGAGAAGUUGCAGAUCGCCCAGGAGGAGCAUCGUAGUGUGGAGGUUGAGAAGGUAACGUUGGAGCAACGUCUGAGGGACGAGAUCAACGAAGCCAAGCAAGAGGCCCAGAGACUCGGUAAGCUACGGGAGGGAACAGAGAACGAGUGGAGCAGGCAGAAAUACGCUGAGGAAGAGCUGGAUCAGGUGCGUAUGGCCCUGAAGAAAGCAGAGCGGGAGCUGGAGUCUCGGGCCUGCUGGUCUCCCCCUGAUGCCCUUAAGACCUGGCUGCAGCUGACCCAUGAGAUAGAGGUCCAGUACUACAACAUCAAGAAACAGAGCGCUGAGAAACAACUACUUCAGGCCAAAGAAGGGGCUGACAAGAUCAAGAAGAAGAGGAGCACCCUGUUUGGGACGUUCCAUGUGGCUCAUAGCUCCUCCCUGGACGACGUUGAUCACAAGAUCCUGACUGCCAAGCAGGCUCUAGGUGAGGUGACGGCUGCUCUGAGGGAGAAACUUCACCGCUGGCAGCAGUUGGAGUCUCUUACAGGCUUACCAUUGGUCAAUAACCCCGGUCUGCCCGCCCUGGCUGCUGCCCUCAACCUAGACCCCGCCUUCCUGGGCCUGCACCCGCCGACUCCGCAGCACCUAAUCCUAUCAGACGAUUUAGAUGACAUGGACGAGGAUAUCCUGUCCCCAGGGACGCUGCGGUACGCGGCCUGGCAGAUGGACCGGCGAGUGAGUGACCUCUGGCCAAUGAGCGGCAUCUCCGACAGCCAAUCCCCAUGGAAGUAUUCUGCUCCCAACAUGAUGCCCCUGCGACAGCGCCCGGGAGACCCCACACUGGCCCUGGGCUAUCAGAGGGAUCUGAACUGGUCUGACUCAGACCCCUCCCUCUUCCUGUCCCAGAGCCAAUCACAGCGCACCUCCAUAUCUAAGACCCUCCCACCAAAGCCCCUCACCCAGCAGGGCCACAGCUCCAAUGGGAGCAGGGCUCCCAUUGACAGCCCCCUGAUGAUGUCAUAUGGCCUGGAGAAGAGCUCCAGUCUCGGGGAGCUCUGCGGCGGAGGAAGUGCCGCCCUCGCCCCUGCUUACUCCACACACUCCCUAUGCCCCGCCUCCUUUGACCCUGAUGCACGGUCGGGGAAGGAGGACAGCCAUAUUCCCCACAUGCAGGCAAAGAAGAGCCCCCUGGAAGAGGACAGCUGUUUCACGGGUGAAGGGAUCGACUUGAGCCACGAGCGCAAGAAACACACCUUCAAGAUAUUCAAGAAGAGGAAGUAGGCGUAAAAUCACUCUGUCCUCACAGGGAGACACCACAGAGAAAGAGCAACACUCCCGUUGUUCACACUAUAGGCUAGCAUACCACUUAGAAUAAACCAGUGUAUUGGGCAUGCAUUCGAAGGGGUCUACAACUAGUAUGGAUAUUAGAACAUGCCUGUGGACUAAGAAUAAAUAAGUGACAUGGUCUAAAGACAUAUACAUCAAUUACAUGAAUUAAAGAAAAAUAAAUAAGUUACAUGGACUAAAAACAAAAAAAGAAGUUACAUAGACUAAAGAAAAAUAAAUAAGUUACGUGGACUAAA